AUGAGCCAGAGAAGAAAAGGCAAAAAUCAGCAAUUUUCAAAGGAGUCAGUGAACGUAUGUUGAGUGUGGCACCAACACCAAAGCCAACUACUUUGACCACCAUGAUAUCAACUCUACCAAGCCAAAUAGAAUUUGAAUUAGACUACCUGGCCCAAGAGAAAACAACUAGAGAAAGCUUCAGGAGAGUUUCUCACUUCCACUGUGACACCACUGCAAUGACGGAUAUCAUCCUGCUGGUGGAUGGCUCCUGGAGUAUUGGGCGCAACAAUUUUGGGCUCAUCAGAGAAUUCCUGGCAUCCUUGGUUGCUCCAUUCAAUGUUGCGACAGACAAGAUAAGAGUAGGUUUGACCCAGUACAGCAGUGACCCACGCACAGAAUGGGACCUGAAUACAUACGCCACACGGGAUGAUGUGUUAGAGGCCCUUAGGAGCUUGCGUUACAAAGGAGGCAACACAUUCACAGGGCUGGCACUGACCCAUGUCCUGGAGCACAAUCUGAAAGCUGACACUGGGGCUAGAUCAGAGGCUCCUAAACUGAUCGUCCUCUUGACUGAUGGAAAAUCUCAAGAUGAUGCCAGCCCACCUGCACAGGUCUUGAAGAAUAUGGGGAUUCAGAUAUUUGCUGUUGGAGUGAAAAAUGCAGAUGAGACAGAGUUGCGCCAGGUGGCCUCAGAACCUUUGGAGCUGACUGUAUACAAUGUACUGGACUUCCCUCUUCUGAGUUCUCUUGUCGGACGCCUUACCCGUGUCUUAUGUGCUCAGAUCAAGGUGAAGAACAAGGAUGAGAAUGCAGGCAAGCCAGUAAAGGCCAUUCCAGUGACUACUGGUGCCCAUCUGAGCCCAACCAAUCUUGUUUUAAAAGAGGUUACUUCCAGAAGUCUCCGUCUCACCUGGAACCCUCCUGUGAUACCACCCAAAAAAUACAGAGUUGUCUACUACCCUUCUAGAGGUGGGACUCCCAAAGAGGUGGUUUUAGAUGGGACAACCUCCAGUGCACAGCUCCUCAACCUGACAUCACACACAGAAUAUCUGGUUUCUGUGUUUCCUAUUUAUGAGAACGCUGUUGGAGAUGGACUCAGAGGCAUCACUUCAACCUUGCCUCUUUCUCCACCUGGUUCCCUCCGAGUUUCCGAAAUCAGCCACAACAGCAUAAGACUGACUUGGGAGGCAGCGGAUGGAGCGACCCAGUAUCUUGUUCUUUGUUCCUCAGCACCCACCGGAGCACAGGAUGACACCAAAGAGGUGAAAGUAAGACAGUCUGAAGUUCUGCUUGAGGGUUUGUCUCCCAACACUGAAUAUUCACUAGCAGUCUAUGCAAUGUAUGGAGAAGAUGCCAGUGAUCCAGCAAGUGUUCAGGAAACCACCUUGGCCCUGAGCCCUCCAAAACAUCUGCUUUUCUCCAACAUCAGUCACGCUUCUGUCCAGGUCAAUUGGGAGGCAGCAUUUGCUGCAGUGAAAGCACAUCGUAUAACUUAUGUCUCUAGCAGAGGAAGCAAUAGUGGAGAGGUGGAGGUUCCAGGCAACACAUCAUUUGUGAUGCUGAAGCCCCUCUCAUCCCUGACGCAGUAUUUUGUCAGUGUGAUAUCCGUUUACGAUGAAGGUGACUCCUUUCCAAUAACAGGCAAUGUUACGACAUUGAAGGUGCCACCCCCGAGCCACCUGAAGGUCACUGAGCUCUCCGGCAGUGAGGCCAGGCUGGAUUGGGAAGCUUCGGCAGCCUCUGACGUGGUUGUCUACCAGGUCAAGUGGAAUGUGGUUGGUGAAGAGAAGGCACAGGAGCUGUCUGUUGCUGGAAAUUUGGCAUCUUCCCUUUUGUCUGGUCUGAAGAAGAACACUGAAUACCAGAUAUCAAUUUGGGCAUAUUACAAAGAUGGAGCUCGGAGUGAUGUUGUCUCCAUUCGACACAGGAUCACUGCAAAGAACCCACCCACAAACCUCUAUAUUGAUUCAGAAACACCAAGCAGCAUUCAAGUCCACUGGAACCCACCUGAAGGAGCUGUCCAGCACUACAGACUCACCUACACUCCAGAAAGUGGAAACAAGCGGCAGGAGAUGAUAACUGUUUCUGGGAGAAGCAGAUCUGUUACCCUUCACUCGCUCCUCCCUAACAGAUUAUACAUGGUGACAAUUUCUGCAGUCUACAGUAUAGGAGAAAGCGAUCCUGUAUCUACUAUCGGUCACACAGCUUCAAUCUUGGCUAGACUGCCGACGUCAAGAGAAUCGGUUCCUCUCAGAACAGAGGACUGUCCCGUCCUUGACUCCACAGAAGGCUUUCUGCAAGGUUUCAACAUGAUGGAGGCAUUUGGGUUGAUGGAGAAGGAGUAUGCUUCCAUCAAGGGGGUAGCUAUGGAACCCUACAUCUUCCUGGGCACUCACACAUAUACCCUCUUCAGAGAUAUCCAGCUAACCCAGAAAACAAGUGAAGUAUUUCACUUUGGAUUUCCUGCUGAAUAUACAAUCACUUUCCUUCUCCGCCUCCUGCCAGAAAGCCCCAGAGAAACCUUUGCUGUGUGGCAGAUAACAGAUGAGGAUUUCCAGCCUCUCCUUGGCAUCAUCCUUGACCCAAACAAAAAAACCUUGAUAUUCUUUCAUCGGGAUUAUGAAGCAGAUGUAGAGGAAAUCGUCUUUGACCAACCAGAAGUGAAGAAAAUAUUCUAUGGAAGUUUUCACAAGGUGCAUGUUUCGGUGAACCAUUCCAAGGUCAAGCUCUAUAUUGACUGCAGGAAAACAGCUGAGAAGCCACUUGGAACUUCUGAAACCAUCUCAACAGCUGGCUUUGUCAUGCUGGGGAAGCUAACAAGAACGCGAGGGCCACGGAGUGGGUCAGCAGCAUUUCAGCUGCAGUCAUUGCAGAUCGUAUGUAGCAGCUUGUGGGCUGAAGAGGAUCGGUGUUGUGAUGUCCCAGCACUGAGAGAUGAAGAGGUCUGCCCCAGCCUUCUUCCUUCCUGCAGCUGCACUUCCGCGAUCCCAGGUCUUCCAGGGCCACCAGGUCUUCCAGGUAGUCCUGGAAGGAGAGGACCUCAAGGAGAACAGGGCGAACCUGGCCCCAAGGGUGAGCCAGGUUCACCUGGUCAAGUUGGACCAGAAGGUCCAGGAGGACAUCAAGGAACUCCCGGUUCCCAAGGGCUGACUGUGCAGGGUCCUAUCGGGCCACCAGGUAUUAAAGGGGACAAAGGAGACAAUGGCAACCCAGGGAUACAGGGUCUGAUGGGUCCCCAAGGAGCCCCAGGCAAGGAUGGAAUCCAAGGCUCAAAGGGUGUUCGAGGACUGGAGGGCACGGCAGGACCACCAGGGCCACCUGGACCAAGGGGCUUUCAAGGCAUUGCAGGAGUCCGAGGCAGCCCUGGGGAGAAGGGGCUCCCAGGAGAGGUUGGGCCAACAGGGCUGCCGGGUCCAAAAGGAGAAAGAGGCGAGAAGGGCGAAGCGCAGUCCUUGUCGACAAUCUAUCAUCUAGUUAAUCAGGCUUGUGAGCGUCUGAUCCAGUCUCAUGUGUUAAAGUUUGAUUCAUUCAUCCAUGAACAUUCCCAGAAACCUGUUCCCAUUUGGGAAGAUAAGAUAAAACCUGGGGAGCCUGGUCCUCCUGGCCUUCCUGGGCCUCCUGGCAUGAAAGGAGAAAGAGGAGAAGUGGGGAUGCCUGGGCAACCUGGCAGAGACGGAUAUCCAGGAGAAAGAGGUGCCCCUGGACCCAAGGGAGAAAAAGGUUCACUUGGCUCAAAUGAGGAAGGCCUUCCAGGACCAAGAGGCCGAACAGGCCCAGCAGGGGAAGAGGUACUUGGCAAGCAAGGCUCAAGGGGACUUCCUGGCAGCACUGGAGCCCCUGGAUUUCCUGGAGCUAGAGGUCAACCCGGAGAACCUGGCCAUGCUGGUGACUGCCUUCCUUCUGGAUGCUCUGAAGAAAGUACAAGAGAUGAAGGGUUGAUCCCUUGAUGGCUGCUGCAGACCAGUGCAUCCCACACUUUUGCUGUAAACUUCUAUUUACAUAAAGCACAGCUGCAACUUGGAAUGUUAUAUUUUUUAAAUGCUGAAUGCUCUGAGUUUUUUUAUUUGUCUAUUUGUUAGAUUGAAUAAAAUAGCCACAUUUGCUAU